GAAUCGUGUCGUGCGUUACGUUCCGUCAGAGUCCGUCAGUGUGCAAAUUGUAGCAUUCGACGUCGAACGCGUCAAUUUAUUAAUUUGUCAGAACAUCGAACGAAAUAAGUGUCAGUGAAGCAGUGUUCAGGUAGAAAUGGGAGGAGAUCCAGAAGCGAAUGAAAACGUAAAAGCACAGAACGAACCAUCAGAAAACAAACAAACGGAAAACACAAACUCUAAUGAAGCUAAAGACAGUACAAAAGUAUCCAAUUAUAUACAAAACAUAAAGAUAUCGAAUUCCAGUAAUGGCUUAGUACUAACAGAGAAAGAUAGUAAAUUGUCUUUAACUAAAGAAGCACCUUUACUCACCGACUCCAAAACUGUCGUCAGAUUUUCACCAGCAUGGAAACAGACUCUAGCAGCGUCGGCGGCCAUUUUAAUGACGUUUUCUUCAGGCCUGACUUCCGGGUACUCCGCUAUCUUGCUACCUCAACUGAAGGAACCUGACAGCAUCAUACCCUGGGAUGAAAGCACUGCAUCAUGGAUAGCGGCAAUGGCAGCGCUCCCUAUGGCUCCAGGCUGUCUGCUUUCGGGCUGGAUGAUGGAGAAGUUCGGCAGACGUAACUCACACUACAUCGUCUGCGCACCUUUGCUGGUUGGCUGGAUCCUCAUCGCCUGCGCCAACAACCUUCUCCUCAUGCUCAUAGGAAGAUUCCUAACCGGUCUCUGCGUCGGUCUACUAGGACCGUUGGGACCGGUGUAUAUCGGAGAAACAUCUGAACCCAAAUUCAGAGGGAUUUUCCUCGCAGGUGUGUCGUUAGCGAUCGCAGUGGGGAUUUUAGUCGCACAUUUGAUAGGAACUUUUAUAUCGUGGCAAUGGACUGCGGUCAUAUGCUGCUUGUUUCCAAUUCUAUCAGUGAUUUUACUAAGUGCAGUGCCUGAAAGCCCGACGUGGCUGAUCUGCAGAGGUGAAGUGGAGAAAGGAGUCAAAUCUUAUUACUGGCUGAGAGGUUACAGCGAGGAAGCGAAAGCAGAAUUACUAGCCGUCAUUGAUAAACGAAAGCAGACUGAUUCAGAGCCAGUACCAACAUGGAGAGAAAAGAUUGCCAACUUAAAGAGUCCGGAGUUAUUAAAACCUUUAGCUAUUAUGAUUAUAUUCUUUAUAACAUGUCAGUUUUCUGGCGUGAACGCUAUUGCGUUUUAUUCUAUAGAAAUAGUUGAGAAGGCGGUCGGGAAGGGGAUGGAUCAUUAUGUUGCUAUGUUGGCUAUCGACGUGCUGCGGACUGUAAUGUCUGUGGUCGCGUGUGUUAUCUGCAAGCAGUAUGGCAGGAGGCCUUUGUGUUUUAUAAGCGGAAUCUGGACUGCAUUAUCUAUGAUAGGAUUAGCAUUGUUCUUGUAUUUCACUGAAGGCAAACCAACAGAUAUGUCGUGGUUACCGCUUUCGUGUUUAAUGAUUUACAUCUGUGCGAUAUCAAUAGGUCUAGUGCCUUUACCUUGGAUGAUGUGUGGAGAAGUAUUCCCUACUAAAGUACGAGGGUUAGGUUCAGGAAUCAGUUCAGCAACUACGUUCUUAGCUUUCUUCGUCGUUGUUAAAACUGCGCCCGGCAUGAUGUCUAGUUUAGGAGAAGUUUUCACAUUCCUGUUUUACGGUAUUAUAGCGUUUAUCGGAACUGUUAUUUUGUACUUUAUUCUGCCAGAAACUAAAGGCAAGAGCUUGCAAGAAAUAGAAGAUAAGUUUAGAGGUAUAAAAAGCAACAAAGUUUAGUGUUCAUUAAGUUUAAGUAAAUGUUCAACGAUAUCAUUUAUUAACUUUAAGCUUAAAUUUAUUUAUCUGUGAUAUUAUAGUCU